AUGUUGAACCAUAGUAGCUUCUACGCCUCAUCCUCUGUGCCGGACCACCUCGCGGAUUAUGACCUCAGUCGACCCAUUCAGCCCAUCAGAGGCAUGAGACAAGGCCUACCCAACUAUGGCGACCCGCACUUUGCCCUCUUCCUCCGCAAAGCCUUCAUCAAGGCCCUCGGCUACAGCGAGGAUGCCCUCUCGCGGCCUAUCGUGGGCAUCGUCAACACAUAUUCCGCCUUCAACCCCUGCCACGCCAACGUGCCGCAGCUCAUCGAGGCGGCCAAGAGGGGCGUGCAGCUGGGCGGCGGACUGGCGAUGGAGUUCCCCACCAUCAGCAUCCACGAGUCCUUCUCCUCGCCGACGAGCAUGUUCCUGAGGAACCUGAUGAGCAUGGACACGGAGGAGAUGAUCAGGGCGCAGCCUGUGGAUGCCUGUAUUGUCAUUGGGGGAUGUGACAAGACAGUCCCUGCCCAGAUCAUGGGAGGCAUCUCAUCGGGCAAGCCUGUGCUGCCCCUGAUCACGGGCCCAAUGAUGCCCGGCAGCUUCAGGGGCCAGAGGAUCGGCGCCUGCACCGACUGCCGGAACAACUGGGCUGCGUACCGUGGCGACGAGCUCGACGUCGAGGAUAUCUCGGAGCUCAAUGCAGAGCUGGCCCCUACCGCUGGGUCGUGUGGUGUGAUGGGUACCGCGUCAACCAUGGCCUGCCUCGUCGCCGCUCUAGGACUGAUGGAUCUGAGAGCUGGCGCGACAGCCCCAGCGGUAUCAAGCGCACGCCUUCGUGUGGCCGAAGACACAGGCAAGAAUGCCGUCCUCGCAGCACAGUCCCUCACAAACAGCACCGACAGCCCGCUCUCCCUGGCCACAGUGCUGAGCGAGGCCUCCUUCCACAACGCCGUUACUGUGCUGCAGGCCAUAGGUGGCUCCACGAACGGCAUCGUCCACCUGCUCGCCAUCGCCAACCGCCAUCCCGGCGUGGCAGGCAAGGUCACCCUGCAGACGAUUGACGACAUCGGGCGCAGGACACCUCUGCUUGUGGACCUCAAGCCGAGCGGUGACAACUACAUGACCGACCUGCACAACGCCGGGGGGAUGCUGGCCCUGUUGCAUACGCUGCGCCCGCUCCUACGGCUCGAGGCGAUGACAUUGACAGGGCAGACGAUGGGACAAGUCCUGGACGCGACCCCGUUCAGGACCUUUCCGUUCUCGCGUGCCAUUAUCCGGCCGCUCGACGACCCCGUCUACGAGUCUUCAUCGCUGCUCGUCUUGAGAGGCAACCUGGCACCCCACGGGGCCGUCAUGAAAGCCAGCGCCAGCAAAUACCGGCACCUCCUCUCCCACCGGGGCCGGGCGGUCGUCUUUGCCGGGCCUGCGGACCUGGCUGCGCGCAUAGACGAUCCCGACCUCGCCGUUGACAAGGACUCCGUGCUGGUCCUGCAAGGCAUCGGCCCCAUAGGCUUUUUGAAUCCUGGAAUGCCCGAGGCGGGGCUGGUCCCCAUCCCAAGGAAGCUUGCCGUCCAGGGCGUCCAGGACAUGCUCCGCCUCUCAGACGGGCGCAUGUCGGGCACGGCGGGUGGGAGUGUCAUCCUGCACAUCUCGCCCGAGGCGGCGCUGCCCGAGAGCGUCCUCGGCGUCGUCAGGAAUAGGGAUGUGAUUGUGUGUGAUGUGGACAAGAGGCUGCUGGAGGUAGAGCUGAGCGCGGACGAGAUCGCCCGCAGGAUAGCAGAGAGGAGGGAGAGGCUGGAUGGGACCAAGGAGAGCCGUGGUCCGAGCGAGAGGAGGAGAAAGCCGGUCCGGGGCUACAGGGGUCUCUAUGAACGCCAUGUGAACCAAGCAGAAGACGGCGUGGACUUUGAUUUCUUGACGGCUGCAGGAGCAGAACAUUCUAGCUUCUGAGCUGGGAGACCCUAGGCUGGCCCACGCAGCAGGAUGGAGGUAGAUGAGAAAGAGGAGGAGGAGGAGGCUUUCUAUUGACGUCCGCCUGGGCGCAGACUUGAUAGCCAAUAUGGCUAGGAGUCGUAGCUAGUCUGAGAGGACAUGUAUGGGAUCUCGCAGACAUAGCAGACUGUUUAAAUCAAUAGAAGUCCCCAUGCACAC